AUCUUGUCAAGAUAAUAACAUCUUGUUCAAGUAUUGAUUUCCAAGGAAAUGACUUCAAGGCACUUGUUUAUGAGUAUAUGCCAAAUGGAAAUCUAAACAAGUGGCUACAUCCAGAUCAUUUAGAAAUUGAUGAACAACCAAGUCUAAGCCUUCUGCAGAGGUUGAACAUUGCUAUAGAUGUUGGGAAUGCGCUGGAUUAUCUUCAUCACCAUUGUCCAAAGCCAAUCAUUCAUUGUGAUCUAAAGCCAAGCAUAUUCUUCUUGAUAAUGAUAUGGUUGCUCAUGUUGGAGAUUUUGGACUUGCAAAGUUUCUCCCUCAACUCAUUAAUCCAACUCAGAGCAGCUCAAUUGGAGUUAGAGGAACAAUAGGCUACACAGCUCCAGAGUAUGGAUUAGGAAGCGAGGUAUCAACAAGUGGAGAUGUUUAUAGCUAUGGAAUCCUAUUAUUGGAAAUGGUGACAGGAAAAAAACCAACUGAUGAUAUUUUUGUGGAAGGUCUUAACCUUCACAACUUUGCGAAAAUGGCAUUGCCCAACCAAAUGUUGGAGACCAUUGACUCAAUUCUUUUACAAGAAGAUGGAGGAGUGAUUAACAGUCAAGGUCCAGCACUAGCAAGAAAUGACAGCAAAAUUGAAUGCAUAAUUGACAUCAUCAAGGUUGGGAUAGCAUGUUCCAUGGAGUCUCCUCAAGAUAGAAUGGACAUCAGCAAUGCAGUCAAUGAGUUAAAUUCCAUCAGAAACAAUUUUAUCCCAAGUACAAUGGGACUUUCUGUAUAUAGAGGACUACGAAGUUGAAGCUUCAAGUCGAUCAAAGAAGCUAAAAAAGCCCAACUUAUUUGUAUGAUGAAAACAAAUGCUUUGGGCUGCAAUUUCUUCAAUAUUAAUCGAAAAUGGUUGUGGAAAACUGUUGCUUUAUAAUUAGCGCGGAGGCUCUUCAACUUGGAUGAGUAGUGUUGGGUUGUUACGUUUGAUUAAAAUAAAAUGAAGUGUGAGCUAUGUUAAAUAUUGUAAAUUAUGUUCUUCAUGUAUAAUUAAUUGGAGUAUUUAACUACUCUUUUUU